CUCAAACUAACCACACCGCAAGUAAGUGAUUAUAUACUGUGGAAAUAUCGUAAACGAAAAAAAUUAUAUGAACAAAAUAUAUUAAUCGAUUGUAUCGUACAUUGUAUAUUGCCGAGGUGAUAUUUAUUUCUCCUGAAGGACGGACGGACCGAAGAAGAUUCAGCGGUAAUAAAGAAAUAUGAAGUUAGCACCGCGAGAGUUGGAGAGUUUAUUGGUCCACCAAGCAGGAUGUGUAGCACAGAGACGACUUGCACGUGGUCUUCGCCUGAAUCACCCAGAAACAAUAGCUAUAAUUGCAUCGCAGAUACAAGAGCUGAUCAGGGACGGUUAUACAGUCUCAGACCUAAUGUCAAAAGGAAGAGAGAUGAUAGGAUUCAACCAGGUGAUGCCCGGUGUUGCUGACAUGAUCCAUGAAGUACAAGUCGAAGGAACAUUUCCAGAUGGAACUAAACUUGUGACAGUUCACAAACCAAUAUGUAGAAAAGAUGGCGAUCUUGAACUUGCUCUUUAUGGGAGCUUUCUACCUGUUCCCGCACUAGAAAAAUUCAAUGAGGCCAAAGGACAUAAAAUAGAGGAGGGAGUUUGCGAUGCUAAACUAGAUGUCAAGCCAGGGGAGUUAAUGCCUAUCAGCGGUGAUAUAGAACUUAACAAAGGACGUAAAACUAUAUCUUUAAGUGUGACCAGCCUUUGUGACAGACCCAUUCAGGUUGGGAGCCAUUAUCACUUUAUCGAGACAAACAAAUAUCUACAGUUUGACAGAAAAGCAUCAUAUGGUAUGAGACUGAAUAUUCCUGCAGGAACAGCCAUUAGAUUUGAGCCAGGAGAAACAAAAACAGUAGACCUUGUUGCAAUAAGCGGGAAUAAAAUAAUAAGGGGAGGUAACUUCUUAUGUGAUGGUCCAGUGGAUGAUAGAGCUAUAAUUAAGGUGAUGGAAACGAUUGAAGAUAGAAAAUUUGGAAACAAAAAACAAGAGGAAAUAAAAUCAGCAUUAAAGAAAUGUAUAAUGCCAAGACCACAAUAUGCUUUGAUGUUUGGGCCAACCGUAGGAGAUAAGCUGCGAUUAGGAGACACUAGCCUUGUCAUAGAAGUGGAAAAAGAUUUUACUGUGUAUGGAGAUGAGAUCAAAUUUGGUGGUGGAAAGGUAAUACGUGAAGGUAUGGGACAAGCUUCGAACAGAAUGAAUGUGAAUUGGGAUAUACUUGAUACAGUUAUCACAAAUGCCUUGUUGGUAGAUGCUGUUUCUGGUAUUGUCAAAGCAGAUAUUGGUAUAAAAGAUGGUAAAAUUGCAGGAAUAGGAAAAGCUGGAAAUCCAGAUUGCAUGGCAGGUGUAACACCUGGAAUGGUUGUUGCAGCUGGAACUGAGGCAAUUGCAGGAGAAGGUCUUAUCAUUACAGCUGGUGCUUUAGAUGGCCACGUUCAUUUUAUUUGUCCACAACUAGCGCGAGAAGCUAUUGCAUCAGGCAUUACAACUAUGUUUGGUGGCGGGACAGGUCCUGCUACAGGUACCAAUGCCACUACGUGUUCACCAGGUCCAAACCAUAUAAGGGAUAUGUUGCAAAGUACUGAUGCAUUUCCUCUGAACUUUGGAUUUACAGGAAAAGGGAAUUCAUCAAGGUCGUUUGAGCUCGCUGCUGAUUUGAGUGAACAGAUUUUAGCUGGAGCAAUAGGAUUGAAGUUACAUGAAGAUUGGGGGACUACUCCAGCCGCCAUUGACACAUGUUUAAAUGUUGCAGAAAAAUAUGAUGUGCAGGUUACAAUUCACACAGACACAUUGAAUGAAUCGGCCUGUGUCGAACAGACUAUAGAGGCAUUUAAAGGAAGAUGUAUUCACACGUACCAUUCAGAAGGUGCAGGUGGAGGACAUGCUCCAGAUAUUAUCAAAGUCGUUGGGGAGAAAUCAGUGCUUCCAUCAUCAACCAAUCCUACCAGACCAUACACUGCUAAUACAAUUGAUGAACACCUAGAUAUGUUGAUGGUGUGUCACCAUUUAGACAAGAAUCUGAAAGAAGAUGUUGCUUUUGCCGAGUCAAGAAUUAGAGCAGAGACAAUUGCUGCAGAAGAUAUUUUACACGAUGUUGGUGCUAUCAGCAUCAUGGCAUCAGAUUCACAGGCUAUGGGAAGAAUAGGAGAAGUAAUAUGUAGAACUUGGCAAACAGCUGACAAGAUGAAACUCUUUAGAGGUCGGCUAGGAGAUGAAAAGGGUGAAAAUGACAAUUUGAGAGUGAAAAGAUUUGUAGCUAAAUACACAAUCAACCCUGCAAUCGCUCAUGGAAUGAGUCAUUUGAUUGGCUCAGUAGAAGUCGGGAAAAUGGCAGACCUUGUUUUAUGGAAUCCAGCAUUUUUCGGUGCAAAGCCUGAAAUAAUUAUCAAAGGAGGACAAAUAGCGUGGGCUCAAAUGGGAAUGCCAAAUGCAUCAAUUCCGACUCCUGAACCAGUUAAACAGAGAAAAAUGUUUGGUGCUUAUGGAAGAUCUGUUGGAACACAUUCGGUGGCCUUUGUAUCUGGGGCAUCAAUUCAAAAAGGAGUGGUGCAAGGUUAUGAUUUAAAAAAGAGAUGUGAGGCUGUCAAGAAUAUAAGAAAUAUUACAAAGGAGGAUAUGGUUUUAAAUAAUUACUUGCCUAACAUUUCAGUGGAUCCAUACUCCUACAAGGUUCACAUAACAGACGAGAAGGAUAAGAAGAAUCAAAUCCACCUUACCUGUCCACCAGCACAAAGACUUGCUCUAGCUCAAAGAUAUUUCAUGUUCUGAGUUCUAUCAAUAUCACCUACUAUAAGAUAUACUUGCUCGAAGAACUUAUAGUUGUCCAGAGAUAAUAUAUAAAAUUGUAGAUAGUUGUCUUUGUAUUUGCCAAAACGAAUGAAAUGUAGGUUGAAGAACGUUUUACAUAGAUAUAUAACUAUAACAGUUUAGUUUGGUUGACGAAAUUGAACGCAUUUAGCCAUUUUCAUGUCUUACAAACGUUUUUGUAAUAACACACAUAUCGCAUUUAUAUCAAGAAUAUAACUUAUGUAAAGGGAACAAAAUGCUAACACCAUGAUUAUGUUAUGUGAUGUACAUUGUACAUCUUCGUUUUUUUUCAUAUAACAAGGAUCAUAGAAACUAACGUUUGAUUCGGGGCCUUUCAGUAUACGCCAUCAGGAGCAAACUGCUAUCAAUAAGGAUUUCCUGGCUGGGCCUUUUAUAGCUGACUAUGCGGUAUGGGCUUUGCUCAUUGUUGAAGGCCAUACGAUGACCUAUAGUUGUUAAUGUCUCUGUCAUUUUGGUCUUUUGUGGAUAGUUGUCUCAUUGGCAAUCAUACCACAUCUUCUUUUUUUUUAUAUAUUAAACACUAUUUUAUUACAUAUAUAGAAUGUGUGCUUAGAUACAUUUUCUACAUCAUCCACCAACUGAUAAUACUGAUAUGAUUAUAUUGCAAUGUCCAGUGGUUAGUGUCAGUCCUUAGUUUUACCAUGUGUCGCAUCAUUUCUAGUUUUUUUGUUCAGUAUGAUUUGAUCCCGGUGAUAAUAAAAACCUCUUUACUUAAUUAACAUUUUCUAGUGAUACAAAACUCUUUUCAUUUAAUUAUAUUUCAUAUUUAUUUUCAUAUUGGAAAACACACUGGUUUGGUGAUGUUACCUCUCCAACUUCUCAUGAGUUUAUGAAUAUAGUUCAUGAAAAAUUGCACUGUAUGUAAACAGUGUUGCGAAAUAUGAGUAAAAUGUAUUUUACGUUAUUAUUCCUAAGAUUAUUGUUGUUGAAAGUAAAAUGCACCAUUGGAUUGAACUUUGUUGUAGAAUCAAAAUAAAAUUGUGAAUGGAAAUGGGGAAUAUGUCAAAGAGAAAACAACCCGACCAAAGAGCGAACAACAGCCGAAGACCACCAAUGAGUCGAUACAGCGAGAAUAACGUCGGAGGCUACAGCUGACCCCUAAACAAAAAUAUGUACUAGUUCAGUUAUAAGUCAUAGUAAAAUCUGAAAUAUAUAAAAUUGAAAUUAUGUUUUCUGUAUUUGGAAGGUGAGAUCUGUGCUUUUGUUGUUGCAUUUAAUGAACUAAUAUGUAUGCUACAUAUUCAUCCUAUUUUUAUAUUCUAUGAUUAACCAAUAAUUAACCCAUUAGUAUAAAACUUUAUAUAUGUAAUGUAACUACAUGGCGAUUCUUAAUGUCCAUUGUUUUGAUACUUGAAAACUUUAAUUCUGUGUAAACAAGCGUUGGUUUACAAGCACAGUGAACUGUGUAUGGUCUUUACGCAAGGAGCACUUUUAAUUUGCCCGAUGUCUUUAAAGAUAAUGGGGUUAUAUCUAAAUGGUUCACUAAAUCUGUUUAACAAUAUGGUAUAUCCAGAAAAUCGAGUUCACCGUACAAAACUAUAUAAAGUGCUAUUUUCUUCACAACAUGUUUCAAAUUCUAAAUUUAUUAAGGUUUAAACAAUGUUACACAAGUAUCAAUUUACAAUGGAAAAACAAGUAGCUGUAUGAGAUUGAAAUGUUUUAUUCAUAACAUGGUGUCUGAUUUCGAAUGAUUGUCUGUUUUGGUAGUAUCAUUAAUAGAUGACUUGCAUAAGAUAAAUUGUUAAAUAAGCAAAUCGUAAUUAUUCACAUUGAAUACUUUAAAAAGUGUUGUUUUUUUAACAAAUCCAUUUAAAAACUGAUAAGAUAUGGCCUUGAGAAAUCAACCUUCAACUGAUAAUACAGAUCUGAUUUCAUAGGAAUUUUCUCAGUAAUUUGAUAAUAGAUGCUAUUCACAAAUUAUAACUACCAUGAAUCACAACUGACACGUCUUGUUGAUUGUGUGAACGUCUUCAUGAAUCUAUGAUAGGUGUAAUUUGCAAUUUAAAUUUGCACUCAAACGUCAUAGUGGACCAAAAAAAUAGAAAUUGAUUAGAAUAAACUGCUUCUUCAUUCCAACACGAUUAAGAUUGUUUAAUACUGUAUGAUGAAUUUGUAUCCAAUAAGGGACGAAAUCAAAAGAUCGAUGUAGAAUAAAAAAAAUCUAAAUCAAAUAGUUUUGGGGUGAGGGUCAACAUUGCUGCAAUUUUUUUUAAUCCAAAAUAAAUUUUACAUAUAUCCAUAUAGGUGAAUCAAUUGGUUUCAAAUUAACUUAAGAGGGGGAGGGGGGUCAGUGAAAAAACUAUGUGAAUUAAGUUUUUUUUUAUCCUACAUUGAACUUUUGAUGUCGUCCCUAAUGUUCAGCCGAUUUCCAUUUCAUUUCAUUGAGUGGAUGUUAUAUAAUGCAGAUAGAUCUAGAUCACAAUUCUUUAAAUGCAAGGUUAAUUUUCAAAUUUCAUAACCUCAAAUGCAUGACUGCUUUCGAUAAUACAAAUGUCAACAACCUAUAUAAAUUCAGAAAUCAUCAUACAAUGAUUUGAAUUUUAUCUUUACACAUUAUAUUAAAUUGAUAAUGACAUCAUGAACUUCUACUUUGUUAGAUUUUACCUUGCAUUUUUUUUUAUGUUUAUGUAUUAUAAUAAUUGUAUACUGAUAUUAAACACGUUCUAUUUUGUA